UUCAUCAUGGGUGCCAGGUUAUGACUUAACCAGAAAACCCUAAUCAAACACACUGUUCUAGAUCCUUCCAACGACCUCCUGCCCUUUUCCGCCAAUAACUUGAAAGCAAAAUAUGAAGGAAAGGAAGAAAGAAGAAAAAGCAAAUUUCUAGAGCCUUCUGUCUUUGGCAGAACUCUCCAGACUAUCUCUCAGCUUCUUCCCCCUACUUAUUUCCCUUUCUCCUCUGCUUUCACGCAAUCUCUGCUCAACUCUCUCGAUCCGAAGCUUCAAUCUUUAUCUCUUAAUCUAACACUUCAAACUUCUAGAUUUCGUUCGCCCAUGGCCAAGUACGGAGAAGGGGACAAGCGCUGGAUCGUUGAGGAUAGACCAGAUGGUACCAAUGUCCACAAUUGGCAUUGGGCGGAGACCAAUUGCUUGGAAUGGUCGCGGAACCUCCUCUCCAAUCUUCUCACUGAUCUUGUUAUUCUUGAUGGCGAUGGAAACCUUUUCAUCAAGAUCAAGAAAGUCGAAAAGGUCGACGGAGAGGCAUACGUCAAUGUUCGAAAGGGUAAAAUCAUUCCUGGGUAUGAGCUUAAUGUCUCUCUUUCGUGGGAAGGUGAAGCUAAGGAUUCAGAUGGGAAAUCUUUGCUUGAGGUUGAUGGAUCCGUUGAGAUUCCGUAUAUUUCUGACGAGAAUGCUGACGAGGAUCCGGAAAUUAAGGUGACUAUUAAGGAUGACGGCCCAAUUGGAAAGAGGUUGAAGGAAGCAAUGGUGGCUAAAGGAAAACCGGUGAUUGAAGAGAAAGUUAGGUUUUAUGUUCAAACUAUGGCUAAGGGUGGACCUGCUAAGGAUGAAUUGGAAGCGAAGAAGGUCGCGCCCAAGGGGCAAUGGACGGCAGAAAAUAAGGCAGCUUCAGCGACGCCUGCAGCCGGGGAGAAGAAGGAGGUGAAGAAGGAAUCAAAAAAAGGGUUUAAGACUAUAAGUUUGACGGAGAAGUUUAGUUGCAGAGCUAGGGAUAUGUAUGAGAUAUUGAUGGAUGAGAAUAGAUGGAAAGGCUUUACUCAGAGUAAUGCUAGAAUUAGUAAAGAAGUAGGAGGAGAGUUUAGUAUUUUUGAUGGUUCGGUGACGGGAACCAAUGUGGAGUUGCAGGAAGGAAAACUAAUAGUACAAAAGUGGAGGUUCGGGAGCUGGCCUGAUGGAAUUGUUUCAACGGUAAGACUUACUUUGGAUGAGCCUGAACCUGGGCUUACUAUUAUCAAGCUUUUGCAUACUGACAUUCCUGAGGAAGACAGAUAUGGGAAUGCAACUGUGGCGGAGAACACAGAGAGAGGGUGGCGGGAUCUUAUUUUCCACAAGAUACGGGCAGUUUUUGGUUUUGGCAUAUGAAUUGUUUUGAUAUUUUCUAUUAAGUGUAGAAUUUGUUCUUUUACCGGUUGUCUUUCUCUCAACAAUGAAAUUUGAAUUAAUGAAUGAUGGGGUUAUAUUAACUGGUUUGGACUGUCCAUGCAGUUGUUUUCUCUGGUGAAACAUAUUGUCUUGCCAUUCAUGUUUUCUAAUAACCGAAGUGCGAUGUUCAAUUUGAAAGUUCAGUACAAAUCACAGACAAUGUGUGUCCUAUCAAACAAGAUUAGGAACACUCCACCUUCUCUGGUCCAUGCAGAAUUGGCCUGCCUUUUAUAUCUCCAUCAUUUUAUUGCCCUUCCCAAUUCCUCUAGUUUUAAGAUAUAUCUGGGUUAUAAUCAGAAUGCCUGCUAUAUUCAUGAUUCCAUAUUACUAUCAGCAAAAUCUAUCAUGUAUAAAUUUUGUUGUCUGACUAUGAUACUACUGUUAUAGAUUGGUUGGCUAAUAUAUGAUUUGAUCACAGAACAAUGCUAUGAAAUUAGGCAGUCAUUUUCUCUGAAAUGGCCUGUUGGAGUUAUUAGGUUGUUAAUAUUAAGAAGUGUUCUCUACUUCUCUUGUCUUUGUAGGUAGUGGCAGUGCAAUUUCUGUAGAGGUUUUCUGGUCUCUCUCUUGCCCUUGUUGACUGGAUGUAGUUUCUGGCACGAGUUUUGGUAGGGGAAAAUCUCAGGUUAUUAUGGGAUUUGGCUGGUUAAAAUGUUGUAGAACGCUGGUUUUGUUGGUCCAAUCUUAUUUAGUUUUAAAACUUCAUUUCAUA